AUGCAGACUUCUACAAACAUUUGUGAAAGAAUGGGUCGCUCUCAGGAGCUCAGUGAAUUCAAGUGUGUUAUCGUGAUAGGUUGCCACCUGUGCAAUAAGUCCAUCCGUGAAAUUUCCUUGUUACUAAAUAUUCCACAGUCAACUGUUAGUGGUAUUAUAACAAAGUGGAAGCAACUGUGAACAACAGCAACUCAGCCACGAAGUGAGCCGGGUCCGUGCAUGCUGAAGUGCACAAUGUGCAGAUGUCACCAACUGUCGUCAGAGUCAAAAGCUAAAAACCUCCAAAGUUCAUGUGGCCCUCAGAUUAGCACAACAACAGUGGGUAGAUAGUUCCAAGGAAUGGGUUUCCAUGGCUGA